AUGCAGUGCUUCCUCCUCUCUAUUACUUUGUGCCGUGCAAUGGAACAAGGAAUGGCAAAAUUUCGGUGGCGAAGCAAUAAGACUAGGAAUGGGAUUCAUUGGAGUACAUGGAGUUAUCUUACUCGUGCCAAAUCGGGCGGGGGGCUCAGCUUUCGUGAUCUUUGUCAGUUUAAUGUUACUCUUCUUACAAAGCAGUACGGGCGUCUUAUCCCUCAUCUGGAGUGUCUUCCUGCUAAGGUUCUUCGGGCGAGAUAUUACCCUAGAGGCAAUUUUCUCACUGCCAAUUUGGGAUCGAGUCCCUCUUAUAUUUGGCAGAGUAUAUGGAGUGCUAGAGGUUUAAUUGAGAAAGGCCAUGGCUGGCGUCUUGGCAAUGGUAGGGUCAAACCUCGGAGUAUUGACAUCAGAUUUAUCAAGGUGUCUGAUCUUAUUUAUGCUUCCAGUGUGACAUGUAGAUACAAUGUUUUGAAGGAUAUUUUUUAUGAAGAGCAGGUGUCUAAGAUCUGCUCCAUUCCUUUGUCAAAAGUUGGUAUGGCCGAUGCUUUAGUUUGGCGUCCUGAUGGUUCUGGGAAGUACUCAGUCAAAAGCUGUUACAGAUUACUUAGGGGCAAGUAG